UGUUAAUCAGUCAUAAACAAAGCAUAUUCUUUGGUACUUGCUAGCUUAGGAUUCCAGUGAAAAUGAGAAGGGGAGCUUCUUUCUGCCUCUUGUUCUUGCUGUCACUUGUUCUCUUGGGUUUUGUCCAAGCCAAACCCAAUUACAAGGAAGCCCUAGCAAAGUCCAUAUUGUUUUUUCAAGGUCAGAGGUCAGGGAGGCUCCCCAGAUCCCAACAGCUCGCUUGGAGGUCCGAUUCCGGGCUCUCUGAUGGCUUAUUCGCCCACGUGGAUUUAACUGGAGGGUACUAUGAUGCUGGAGACAAUGUCAAGUUUAAUUUCCCAAUGGCCUUCACCACGACAAUGCUCUCAUGGAGCACGCUCGAGUAUGGCAAGAGAAUGGGACCUGAAUUACCAAAUGCAAGGGCCGCAAUCCGCUGGGCCACGGACUAUCUUCUAAAAUGUGCCACAGCCACCCCUGGUAAGCUCUAUGUGGGUGUUGGUGAUCCGAAUGUCGAUCACAAGUGCUGGGAGAGGCCAGAGGAUAUGGACACAGUCCGAACUGUGUUUUCGGUCUCGGCAAGAAGCCCUGGCUCAGAUGUUGCCGGUGAGACGGCCGCGGCAUUAGCUGCUGCCUCAAUGGUUUUUCGUAAGGUCGAUCGUAAAUACUCGGCUUUGCUACUGAGAACGGCCAGGAAGGUUUUUCAAUUUGCCAUGCAAUACCAAGGCGCCUAUAGUGAUUCUCUUGGAUCAGCAGUGUGCCCAUUUUACUGCUCGUAUUCUGGUUAUAAGGAUGAACUACUGUGGGGAGCUGCAUGGCUGUUCAGGGCAACAAACGAAAUGUCCUACUAUAACAUCUUGAAGUCCUUGGGAGCUGACGACCAACCUGACCUAUUCAGCUGGGACAACAAGUAUGCUGGUGCUCAUGUUCUUUUAUCAAGGCGAGCAUUGCUCAACAACGACAAAAACUUCGAGCAAUUUGAAGGAGAAGCAGAAAAUUUCAUGUGCCGGAUCUUACCCAACUCGCCUUAUAAAACUACACAGUAUACACAGGGCGGCCUAAUGUACAAGCUACCUGAAAGCAACCUUCAAUAUGUGACAUCCAUAACAUUCCUGCUCACCACUUAUGCUAAAUACAUGAAAGCAACCAGGCACACCUUCAACUGUGGCAAUCUCUUGGUCACUCCAAAUUCCCUGUUAUAUGUGGCUAAAAGACAGGUGGAUUACAUACUAGGGGAGAACCCAAUUCGAAUGUCCUACAUGGUAGGAUUCGGCCCAAAUUUUCCUAAGAGAAUUCACCAUAGAGGUUCUUCUUUGCCAUCAUUGGCAAGCCACCCACAAGCUAUAGGUUGUGAUAGUGGCUUCGAGCCGUUCUUCCAUUCAGCAAAUCCUAAUCCUAACAUCUUAAUCGGAGCUAUUGUCGGCGGUCCAAACCAGAAUGAUGGCUACCCAGAUGAACGCAGCGAUUAUAGUCAUUCGGAGCCUGCUACAUACAUCAACGCUGCUAUGGUGGGACCCUUGGCAUACUUUGCUGGUACCUUAAAUUAGCUAUCAAGACAUCACGGUCUCUUUCAAGCAACUGUUUCUUGUAUAUAUAUCUAUUAUGCUCGCUCCAAAAUGGGGUUAGUCUUCUCACCAAAAAGAGUGAGAUUUGAAUUGCUUUCUUUAGUUAUUUCCCUAGUUUCAAGUGAUGUUUAGGACAUCAGCUGUGUUCAAGUUUCAAUGAACAAACAGUUCAAUGUU